AGCUUGACGCCAACCCGCACAUGUCUCACCUGUUCAAACAACUUGAAACAUCGACCAACACCAUCUACCUUGGACCGUAACAAUCGAUACAUCUUCCCACCACGCACCACACACCCACAUCACCGCACCAAUGGCUCGUUUCGGCUGCCUCUCUGCCUCGAGCAGAGGCAAGACGCCCUUUCCAACUCGCCAGAUGGCCGUCCUGGCACUUUGCCGGAUUUGCGAGCCCAUUGCUUUCAUGUCCAUUUUCCCGUAUGCCUUCAAGAUGGUCGAAUCGUUUGGACUGGAAGAGAGCAAGACUGCAAUGUACACGGGCAUGGUCACGUCAGCAUUCGCCUUUAUGGAGUGCGUCAGUGGAAUUUUCUGGGGCCGACUGAGCGACAAGAUCGGGCGCAAGAAGGUGCUACUUGGCGGCAUGUUCGGCACCGGCUUGAGCAUGCUUCUUUUUGGAUUCGCCCAAAGUCUGCCAAUGGCGCUGAUUGCUCGGGCUCUUGGUGGGCUUCUUAACGGGAACAUCGGCGUCUUGCAAACGACAGUAGCGGAGCUUAUUACGGACGAGAGGCACCAGCCGCGCGCUUAUUCCAUCAUGCCCUUUGUGUGGUGCCUUGGCACUAUCAUUGGCGGCUCCCUUGGCGGUGUUCUCGCACAACCCGCGCAACUGUCCCAAGCGUUUGUGGGUACUAUCUUCGAAACGUACCCGUUCCUUUUGCCAAACGUUGUUUGCGCUCUGAUUGUCGUUUUUGGACUCGCCGUCGGCAUCCUGUUUCUGCAGGAGACGCACGAGGACAAGAAGUACGAUGAGGACCGUGGCCUCGAUGCUGGCAAGUGGCUGCUGCGCAAGAUGUGGAGAUCAGAGCCCAACGCGGCUUUCAACGAGAAAGACGCGUGCCUAGACGAGAUGACAUCCAUGCUGGAAGACCACGACAUCAACACGCGUGCAUACCGAAGCACCGACAGCUCGCCGACGUUAUGCAGUGCUCGCACAUCCAUGUCAGAGCCACCCGCAUUCUCGCUGGACCAGGAAAAGGCGCUGGCGCCACCUGUGCGACAAGCGUUCACCAAGCAGGUCUGUCUGAACAUCAUGUGCUACGGCAUUCUCGCCUUCCACACAAUCUCGCUGGAGCAGCUUCUGCCGAUUCUCAUGUCGAAGAAGGCAUUCCAGCCUGGCACCGAGCAGCUGCCCUUCAUGUUCGAGGGCGGCUUCGGAUGGGACACGCAGAACAUUGGCGCGUUUCUGGCGAUGCAGGGGGCGAUGCAGAUGUUCGCUCAGCUGAUCCUCUUCCCCUGGCUGAGCAAGAAGCUCGGCAGCCUACGCACCUUCUGGAUCACCAUGGCGCUCUACCCGGUUCUCUACAUCCUGGCACCCUACCUCGCGCUCCUGCCGGAGCGCUUUCGUAUUCCCGGGCUCGUUGUCCUGCUCAUCGGCAAGGUGGUGUUCCAAUCGCUCUCGUACCCUUCGCUGGCGAUCAUCCUCGCCAACUCAUCACCGUCCAAGCGGGUGCUCGGAACGCUGAAUGGAGCGGCCGCGUCGUCUGCCAGCGUGUGCCGCGGGUUCGGACCUACCGUGUCUGGCGCGGUGGACAGCCUGGGCAUGCAGCUGCACAUGUCGGGGCUGGCGUGGUGGGCGAUUGCCUGCGUCGCGCUUGUCGGGUGGCUGCCCGGGCUCAUGCUCAAGGAGUCGGACAAGCGCAUCAUCAGCGACGACGACGAGGAGGCGCUGGUGGACUGCGGGUCGGACGCAGCGUCGGUGCUGACGCUCACGCCCGACGAGGAGGCCGAGAUGGUGCUCUCCAAAUGAGGCUGAAACCGGACCACGACUCGGCCACCCAGGACUCGGCCACCCAGGACUCGGCCACCCACGACUCUCAGGACACUUGUCCAUUCUCGGAUCCCAAAAAACUUUACACGGCGUUCCUCGGAUACAGGAACAUAGACGACGGCUCUUCACGGACGGGUGC